AUGAACAAUAAACUUGCUGAUUUAAUUAGCAACUAUCUUAACGAAUAGAAACAUCUUACAGAUAAGUAUACUAGACUUUUCAAUCAAAUUAAACAAGCUGAUUCCUAUUAUGGUAGGAAUUCUAAUUCUAUAUUAAAUCUUAAGAAAAGAUCUUCCAAUUCAGAUUACAGUUAUAGUUCCAACAAAGAAAAGGUCUAUUGUUAAUUUUGUGGAAAAUAAUACACUAGUAGAUUGCCCCUCAAAAAUCAUAUUGAAAAGUUCCACUUCUAAGAUAACUAUCCUUCUAAACAUGAACUAUCUACCAAAUAGAUCACACCCUAUGAUGAUGAUGACGAUUGUAGAAAUGAGGAAAAUAGUUAUAAUGAAGCAGAUGAAUAAUUAAGACAAAAAUUAUUAAGGAAUGUCUAAGCUAUCGAAAAAAGAGAAAAUUAGAUCCAUCCUUAAGAAGAAGUUAUUAUUAGUGGUAUAGAUUCUGAUUCAGAAAAUUGA